AUGGGGUCUGUCAAAGAGCUUCUCAAGAACUCACUGAAUGAUCUGAGAAAAGAGCAACUCAAAGAGUUUCAGUGGCACCUGAAGAAUGAUUAUAAGGUUCCAGUGUCUCAUUUGGAGAAAGCAGAUGUCUUAGACACAGUAGACAGGAUGGUGCAGAGUUAUGAACCAGAAGACGCCGUGAAGAUCACACGGAAGAUCCUGAUGAAGAUAAACCAGAACCAGCUGGCUAAAGAUCUGAAAGAAGGUGCAGCUGCAGUUUACAGAAAAGCUGUUUAUGAUGAUUGUGAGUUCAGCAACAGACUGAAGAAAGACUUAAAACAGAAAUACGAGAGAAUAUUGGAAGGUAACUCAGAGAAAUCCCUUCAGAACACAUACCUGAACAACAUCUACACUGACCUCUACAUAGUGAAGAAUCAGACAGGUGGAGUAGAGAAUGAACAUGAAGUGAGACAGAUUGAAUUAAACCAAAGCACUGCUGCUGAGGACGCUUCAGUCAAGUGUAAUGACAUAUUUAAAGUCCAGCGUGAUACAGGUGAACAAAACAGAAAAGUGCUGACGCUGGGCAUCGCAGGUGUGGGGAAAACUGUCUCUGUCAGUAAAUUCAUCCUUGACUGGGCUGAAGGAAAAGAAAAUCAGGAAAUCAUCUUUAUUUUUCCUCUGUCCUUCCGUGAACUGAAUCUGAUUCAAGAGGAAUACAGUCUAAUGGAACUGAUUCAUGAAUACUUCAGUUGUACUAAACAACUGUCAUUACUGCCUAAAGAAGAAGAUAAAGUGAUGUUCAUCUUUGAUGGUCUGGACGAGUGUCGUUUUCCUUUGAGCUUUGAGAAGAGCAAGAGAUUCACAGAUGUUCAUAAAAAAACAACCGUGGACGUCAUAAUAACAAACCUGAUCGAGAGAAAUCUUCUUCCGUCCGCUCUCAUCUGGAUCACCUCCAGACCAGCAGCAGCCCAUCUGAUACCUCGACGCCACAUUGAUCAGGUGACAGAGAUCAGAGGAUUCAACGAUGAGCAGAAGAAAGUCUACUUCACCAGAAACAGCAAACCUGACAUGUCAGAGAGAAUCAUCUCACACAUCAAGAGAUCCAGAAGUCUGCACAUCAUGUGUCAUAUUCCCGUCUUCUGCUGGAUCUGUCUCUGUGUUCUCCAGCCUCUGAUGACUCAAGAGAAUCUGCAAAGUAUUCCUACAACUCUCACAGGGAUGUACAUCUACUUCUUACUCAAUCAGAUGAAACAGAUGAAAGCAAAAAAACAAAGUGCCAGUCUUGCUCAGUCUUUUGAAGAUGUUGUUCUGAAGCUCGGGGAACUGGCCUUCACACAGCUUCAGAAAGGAAAUCUGAUUUUCUAUAAAGAAGAUCUUAAGGAAUGUGGGCUGGAAGUCGAUGAUGGUGUAGUUUUCUCUGGGUUAUGCACUCAGAUGUUUCAGGCAGAAAAGCCAGUUUCUGGGAGAAAGGUGUACAGUUUUGUACAUCUCAGUGUUCAGGAAUUCCUCGCUGCUCUCUAUGUGCUUCUCAUUUACAAAAAUACAAAAACAAACCCAUUCCUGCUUAGCUGGACAGAAAAACUGAAAGGGAUAUUCAUGAAAAAAUCACUGUUUAAUCUCCAUAAGUGCGCAGUGAACAGUGCUCUUCAGAGCAAGAACGGACACCUGGACCUUCUCCUGCUGUUCCUCAUGGGUCUCUCUCUGGAGUCAAAUCAGAAUGAGCUGAAAGAACUUAUGCCCUCACUGAACAUCACAGCAGAAGACAUGAAACACACGGCUGAUUACAUCAAAAUGAAAAUUCAUCAUGAUGUUUCUUCAGAGAAGAGCACAAAUCUCUUCCACUGUCUGAAUGAACUGAAGGAUGAUUCACUGAUCACAGAGAUCCAGAAGUAUCUGAAUUCAGAUGGUCUUUCAGCACAAGAUCUCUCUCCUGUUCAGUGGUCUGCUCUGGUGUUUGUGCUGAUGAUGUCUGAAGAGACUCGAGAGAUGUUUGAGAUGCAGAAAUAUAGAAGAUCUGAUGAAGCUGUGAUUCGACUUCUGCCAGUGAUCAGAAACACCAGAAGAGCUCUUCUACAGAACUGUAAUCUGACUGAUGAGUGUUGUGAAAGUUUGUCUUCAUGUCUACAAUCAUCGACGUCUCUGAGAGAACUGGACCUGAGUAACAAUGACCUGAAGGAUUCAGGAGUGAGGCUGAUCUCAGACGCUCUCAAGACUCACAACUGUCAACUACACACCCUGAGGUUAUCAGGUUGUAUGGUGACAGAUGAAGGUUGUUGUUAUUUGGCUUCAGCUCUGAGUUCAAACCCGUCACACCUGAGAGAGCUGGAUCUGAGCUACAAUCACCCACAACACUCAGCACUUCAGCUGCUCUCUGAUAAACUCAAGGAUCCAAACUACACACUCAACAAACUCAAUGUGGAUCAUGGAGGAGAGUUCAGAGUUACAGCAGGAUUACACAAGUAUAACUGUGAUCUUACACUGGAUCUUAACACAACAAACACUCGUCUCAAACUGUCUGAAGAGAACAGAAGGAUCACGCAUGUGGAUGAGGAUCAGUCGUAUCCUGGUCAUCCAGACAGAUUUGAAGGUGUUCCUCAGGUGUUGUGUAGAGAGAGUCUGACUGGACGCUGUUACUGGGAGGUUGAAUGGAGUGGAUCAGAUGUUCUUAUGUCUGUGUCAUAUAAAAGCAUCAGCAGAAAAGCAUCGAGUGAAGACAGUAUGUUUGGGUACAAUGCCAAAUCCUGGAGUCUGCACUGCUCGCAUAACAGAAUCACUGCAUGGCACAAUAAUAAUAAAACAGUCAUCUGUGUGUCUUCACCUCUCUUUAAUAGAGUAGGUGUGUAUGUGGACCAGCCGGCCGGCUCUCUGUCCUUCUACAGUGUCUCUGACACACAAACACUCACACUUUUACACACAUACUACACAACAUUCACUGAGCCUCCCUGUGCUGGAUUUACAGUUUUUAGAAACUCUUUAAUUAAUCUGUGUAACACACACAGACACAAACGCACACACACACACAAAGACACACACACUCACACAAUGGCAGUCCACACAACAUUCACUGAAACUCUCUGUGCUGGAUUUACAGUUCUUUGUAACUCUUUAAUUAAUCUGUGUAACACACACAGACACAAACGCACAGACAAACACAGACACACACACACUUACACGCUUGCAGUCUACACAACAUUCCCUGCACCUCUACCUUCUGGAAUUAGACUUCAUGAAUUAUUCUCGUCAUUAUUUCUGUGUGACACACGCACGCACUCACGCAAACAAAUCUAGUCUUGUAAAGUCUUUAUACACAAUAUUGAAUGUGGUGAAGUAUGUUUUGUGUUGUUUUACACAGAGAUGUUAGUGUUAAAGGUUAACGUAAAGGUUAAUGUACAGGCAGCUGGUUGUUAUGGCAGAAAUAAUCCCCAACAGUUUGAUCAGGACAUGAAGCAGAGGGUCUUCUUGUGUCACACUGAAGCGGCUUAUUUUGCGAGAACAGCCGGCAGCUUUUGUCUAGUCUGGUUCUGCCACGGGCUUCCAGUCAGGUCCCGGCCACACUACAGGACCAGUAUGCACAGCCGGUAGUCAAGCUGGCAACCAGUCCGGUCCAGCCGGCUGUCUACCCGGUGAUCCAGCCGGCACCCAGUCUGGACCAGCCGGUACCUAAUCCGGUCCAGUUAGUUUAAGUACUGUUCUGCCCAAUUCGCUAGGACACUACUCUCACCCUAGCUCUCCUAAGCCCCUGCCGGUCUUGUCCAGUCCUCCCAGUCUCAUCCUCCUGUUCCACCCAUGUCUAGUGUCCCCACGUUUUUUGCCUCCCAUUCCCCCACCCCCUUCCAUGUUUGUUAUUUUUAGUGGCCAACCUGAACCCCAUUUUUGGUGUUUGUUUAUUUCUGUUUUGGGCUGUUUGGCCCGCCAUGGGGAGCCCCUUGGGGAGGGGGGGUACUGUCAGGGCUUUGUUCUACCAUGAUAACAAAUGCAACUCUUGUCAGAAGGGUUGAAUUAUUAUCACAGGGAGAGUUUGACUAAAUGGUUCCCUUUUACUUGCUGGUCAUACAGAAAUAUCUAACACAACCAAGACUUUUGACAAGUACAGAAUCAAACAAAAUAGUCCCAAGCAUAUCAGUUCUUCAAUAGACUUGUUGGAUGCAACACUGCACUCCAUUAAUCCAGAGGCAAGGAAAAAGGGGAACAAAUUUUAAUAGUAGGUCGUCUCAGUCCUUUUCUGAUUUGACCUAGAUAGAAGAUAAAAAAAUCUAAAUGAAGGUAAAAAUAAAUGUCCCCAAAAGAAAAAAAGUAUAAUCCACUGGUUCAACAAAAACAUGCCACCUCACCGAACAUACCUCUGUUCAAAAUGUCUGUCUUACCCCUCCUAUGGUCAGACCUAUCAUGAUAAAUGCCACGUGUCACACCAUGUCCUUCGGGGUCCUGUCAUGUCUCUUAGCCCCGCCCUCCUGUCUCCCGUAAUCAUGCCCUUAGUGUUAAUCCCGGUCACCUGCCUUUUGUAAUCAUCCUCUGUUAGUUUUCCCCUCCUUAGUGCCCCUUUGCUUAUGUCCCUUGCCGGUUUGUUGUCAGUCAGUAUAUGUCGUUUAGAUCAUGUUGAAAUGUCGUUUUGUUCAUGUCAAGAUGUUACCCUUGUCUAAGAUCUGUUCCUGUCUUUUUUUUGAAGAAGAAGAAGUAUAUGUCUUUGACUCCUCUAUUCCCCAUUGUGGGGAGU